UAUUACACUUGAAACCAGUUUUUUUGGUGGGGAAUACACUUUAUUUAUUCCUUAUGCAAACAAAUCCCGCAAAAUGGUUGGAGUCGGUUUAUUAUCGUUUUCCAAAUGAAAAAAUUAUCGGAUUUUUCGACCAGUGUUCUCCAGUUUACAUGUUGCGUGAUUUGGAUCUCAUCUGUAAGAUUUUGAUCAAGGAUGCCGAUUAUUUCAAAAAUCAUUGGGUCUCGUUUGCUCUCAAGAAUGAUACAUUUUUGGGAAGAACUGUGAUGGCUAUGCAAAACAAGGAGUGGCAAGAGAUGAGAGCAUCAAUUAGUCCCAUUUUCACUGGCAGCAAAUUGCGGCAUAUGUUCGAUUUGGUGGUGGAAUGUGCCGAUGAUAUGAUUGAACAUUUCAAAUUGAAAUCAAAGCAAAACAAUUCAGUUCAACUGAAUAUGAAGGAAAUAUUUUCACGUUACGGAAAUGAUGUGGCCACAUCAUGUGCAUUUGGAUUGAAAAUAAAUUCAUUCAAAGUUCGAACUUUGCCAAAUUUAAUGCUUGCCAUAGACAUCGAAUAUUUUGGACGAAAUUUGCGAAGAUUUUUCAAAGCGAUGGUUUUGAAUAUAAUGGAAGAAAGAGAAAAGAAGAACAUUUUUAGACCCGAUAUGAUCAAUACUUUGUUACAAAUGCGAAAUGGUACCAUCAAACAUUCGAUUGACGAAAAUUCGAAUAAGAAACCGGCUGAUAUCUCCGCUGUGGGUGAAACAAAUGUCGGUGAAAAACAAAUGAAACGCUGGAAUGAUAAUGAUAUCGUGGCACAGUGUGUGGAAAUCUAUUUGGCCAAUUUCGAAGCAGUAUCCAGCAUCAUGACAUUCUUGGCAUAUGAAUUGGCCGUUAAUCCGGAUAUUCAGCAAAAGUUAUAUGAAGAGAUUCGACAGACUAGUGACAACCUUGAUGGUGCCCCAUUGACCUAUGACACAAUAAUAAAAAUGAAGUAUUUUGAUCAAGUAGUGAGUGAAUUGGUCCGUAAAUGGCCAGCUGGAAUUUUAACGAAUCGCGUGUGCAACAAGGACUAUGAAUUGGAAUUGGAUGGUAGAAAAAUUUCGAUUGAACGAAACACUUGCUUUAUAAUUCCAAUUUAUUCAAUUCAUCAUAAUCCUGAGAUAUAUCCAAAUCCCGAAACAUUCGACCCGGAACGAUUCAACGAUGAAAAUAAGAAAAAUAUCAAACCAGGAUCAUAUCUUCCUUUUGGAAUUGGACCACGUGCUUGUAUCGGUUAUCGGAUGGCUGUGAUGGAUCUCAAGGUGGUGUUCUUCAAAUUGCUACAACAAUUUAAUAUUCAGCCGCAUGAAAAGACGGAAAUUCCUUUGAAAAUUGGUAAUUCCGUCGCUUUUUGGAACAUUGCAAAUGCAGUUAAUUUGGAGUUGAAGCCAAGAGA